CAUGAUCCUGGCCACGAUUAUCGCCAACUGCAUCGUGCUGGCCUUGGAGCAGCACCUGCCGGCCUUGGAUAAAACCCCGAUGUCGGAGCGUUUGGACGACACUGAGCCCUACUUUAUUGGAAUAUUUUGCUUUGAGGCUGGCAUCAAGAUCAUCGCCCUGGGCUUUGCAUUUCACAAAGGAACCUACCUUCGUAAUGGCUGGAAUGUAAUGGACUUUGUGGUGGUCCUAACAGGGAUCCUGGCGACCGUGGGGGCGGACUUCGACCUGAGAACGCUGAGAGCCGUCCGAGUACUGCGACCCCUCAAACUGGUCUCCGGGAUUCCAAGUCUCCAGGUGGUUUUGAAGUCCAUUAUGAAAGCCAUGGUACCCCUGCUACAGAUCGGCCUGCUGCUCUUCUUCGCCAUCCUCAUGUUCGCCAUCAUCGGCCUCGACUUUUACAUGGGCAAGUUCCAUCGCACCUGCUUCCAGACCGACACAAAUGAGCAGGCUGCAGAUUUCCCCUGUGGCCUGGAGGCUCCGGCGAGGACCUGUGGCAACGGCACCGUCUGCAGGGAGUACUGGAUUGGACCCAACUUUGGCAUCACCAAUUUUGACAACAUCCUUUUUGCUAUUCUCACCGUUUUCCAGUGCAUCACCAUGGAGGGAUGGGUGGACAUCCUCUACAACGCUAACGAUGCCUCAGGAAACACGUGGAACUGGCUGUACUUCAUCCCCCUCAUCAUCAUCGGUUCCUUCUUCAUGCUCAACCUGGUGCUCGGUGUUCUGUCAGGGGAGUUUGCGAAGGAGAGGGAGCGUGUGGAGAAGAGGCAAGAAUUCUUAAAGCUCCGCAGACAACAGCAAAUCGAAAGAGAGCUGACGGGUUACCUGGAGUGGAUCUGCAAAGCGGAGGAGGUGAUGCUGGCUGAGGAAGACAAGAAUGCAGAGGAGAAGUCUGUGGAUGGAGCGUGGUACAAACGGAAGCACAACAACUCCGUGUUGAAAAGGACCAAGAAGAGUAAGAAUGACCUUAUCAAUGCAGAGGAAGGCGAGGACCACUUCACUGACAUCUCCUCUGUUGCUCCCCCAGGGUCGCCGUUUGCUCGGGCCAGCGUGAAGAGCAAGAACGAGAACUCAUCUUACUUCCGGAGGAAAGAGAAGAGGAUUCGCUUCACCAUCCGCCGUCUGGUCAAGUCCCAGAGCUUCUACUGGACUGUGUUGUGCCUCGUUGGCCUCAACACGCUGUGCGUAGCCAUAGUACACUACGACCAACCCGACUGGCUCACCUAUGCUCUAUACCUGGCAGAGUUUGUAUUCUUGGGCUUGUUCCUGGCUGAGAUGUCCAUGAAGAUGUACGGCCUCGGACCCCAGAACUACUUCCACUCUUCUUUCAACUGUUUCGACUUUGGGGUCAUUAUUGGCAGUAUUUUCGAGGUGAUCUGGGCCGCCAUCAAACCCGGUGCUUCGUUUGGGAUCAGCGUCCUGCGAGCUCUAAGACUCCUCAGGAUCUUCAAAGUCACCAAGUACUGGAACUCUUUGAGGAACCUGGUGGUGUCUCUGCUCAACUCUAUGAAGUCCAUCAUCAGCUUGUUGUUCCUGCUCUUCCUCUUCAUUGUGGUCUUCGCUUUGCUGGGCAUGCAGCUGUUCGGGGGCCAGUUUAAUUUCGAAGACGAAACACCAACGACUAACUUUGACACAUUCCCAGCAGCCAUUCUCACCGUGUUCCAGAUCCUAACUGGGGAGGACUGGAACGCAGUCAUGUACCAUGGGAUUGAAUCACAGGGGGGUGUGCACGGAGGGAUGUUCUCCUCCAUAUAUUUCAUCGUCCUCACCCUCUUCGGAAACUACACUCUCCUCAAUGUGUUCUUGGCCAUCGCUGUUGAUAACCUCGCAAAUGCCCAGGAGCUCACCAAGGAUGAAGAGGAGCAGGAGGAGGCCAUCAAUAAGAAGCUGGCUCUCCAGAAGGCCAAGGAGGUAAAGGAGGUCAGCCCCAUGUCGGCCGCUAACAUUUCCAUCACAGCUAAGGAGCAGCAGAGAUCAGUGAAGGCGAUGUCAGUGUGGGAGCAGAGAGCCAACCAGCUGAGAAGGCAGAAUCAGGCCAGCUGUGAAGCUAUCUACAACGAGCUGGAGCCUGACGAGCGUCUCCGCCUCUCCUCCGCCCUCCACAUCCGUCCAGACAUGAAGACCCACUUCGACCGCCCGCUUGUAGUUGAGCCCGGCGACGGGCCUUUGCUAGGUGGCCACCAGCAUCACCGCCACAGGACGCCACAGGACGCGGAGACCGCAGCCGACCUACCUCCCGCUCCUCACCAUCCUCGCCGUCACCACCGCCACAGAGACAGAGAUCGGACCAAAAUCAAAGAGGAGGCCAACGGAAACGGUGAUGCUGGCAAAGAUGGAAGACACCACGUCCAUCACAGCCGGUCCAAAGACCAAGACUGCAGCCAGAGCAAAGAUGGGAAGAGCGAGCGGUCCCACAGCCGAGAGGGAGGCAGGAAGCAUCACCAUCAGAGCUCAGUGGAUGACGGCGGAGAAGGGGGAGUCACAGGCGAGAGGGAGCACCACCAUCAUCAUUCACAUCGGCAGUCCCGAGGGGGCAACGGGACAGUGAACAAUGGAGGAAGAGGAGAGCGAAGAUCCCGCCACAAAGACGGGCGUCCAUCCAACAGGGAUGGGGACAGGAGCUCCAGAGGAGAGAGUGGAGCCAACGGAGAGAGGAGGAAGCAUCGGACUCAUGGGUCCAGGGGCCAGACCACCGCUGAAGGAAAGGAGUCCGACAGAGAGAAGACCAACAGGUUUGGUGACUCAGAGGGGGAGUCCUUGGCCAUCUCUCCCGGGCAAGGCUCGGGGGGAACCAGCUGGCCACCCGACCAUCGAGAGGACUCCGACAACCAGAAGAAUGUCAGACGAACUGAUCAAACUUCCAUCCACGUUCCUCCCGUCACUAUCACCUCCCCACCUGGAGAAACCACCCUCAUACAAAUGAACAGUAUCGACUGUGAAACGAUGCCCAUGAACGAGAAGACCCUGGAGGAUCUUUGUCAGACUGGACCUAAACCCAUCCUGCCUUACAGUUCUAUGUUUAUCUUCGGACAGACCAACCCGGUGAGGCGGUUAUGUCACUACAUCGUGACUCUGCGGUAUUUUGAGAUGAGCAUCCUGGUUGUCAUAGCGAUGAGCAGCAUCGCUCUCGCAGCAGAGGACCCCGUCUGGACAAAUGCUCCUCGCAACAACGUGCUCAAAUAUCUGGACUACGCCUUCACCGGGGUUUUCACGUUUGAAAUGGUGAUCAAAAUGGUUGACCUGGGCCUGCUGCUUCAUCCUGGAUCUUACUUCAGAGACCUGUGGAACAUCCUGGACUUCAUAGUGGUCAGUGGGGCGCUGGUGGCGUUUGCCUUUUCGAGCUUCAUGGGAUCGCAGCAAGGUGUAACCAGGGGGACUAAAGGCAAAGACAUCAGCACCAUCAAGUCUCUGAGGGUUCUUCGAGUUCUCAGGCCUCUCAAGACCAUCAAACGUCUGCCAAAACUCAAGGCGGUGUUCGACUGUGUGGUCAACUCUUUGAAGAACGUCCUGAACAUCCUCAUCGUUUACAUCCUCUUCAUGUUCAUCUUCGCCGUGAUCGCGGUUCAGCUCUUCAAGGGAAAAUUCUUCUAUUGCACCGAUGAGUCCAAAGGCCUGGAGAAGGACUGCAAAGGACAGUUCCUGGACUACGACAAAGACGAGGUGGCAGCCAUGCCCAGAGAGUGGAAGAAAUAUGAGUUUCAUUAUGAUAAUGUUCUGUGGGCCUUCCUUACUCUCUUCACUGUCUCCACUGGGGAGGGUUGGCCAACGGUUUUAAAGCACUCUGUGGAUGCCACCUUCGAAGACCAGGGUCCCAAUCCAGGCUACCGGAUAGAAAUGUCCAUCUUCUAUGUGGUCUACUUUGUGGUGUUCCCUUUUUUCUUUGUCAACAUCUUUGUUGCUCUGAUCAUUAUCACCUUCCAGGAGCAGGGAGACAAGGCGUUGUCUGAGUGCAGCUUGGAAAAGAACGAGAGGGCUUGCAUUGACUUUGCCCUGAACGCCAAACCUCUGACACGCUACAUGCCCGAGAACACGCAGUCCUUCCAGUACAGGAUGUGGAAGUUUGUGGUCUCAGCUCCGUUCGAGUACUCCAUCAUGAUCAUGAUCGCUCUCAACACCGUGGUACUCAUGAUGAAGUUCCACGGAGCUCCAGACUUUUAUGAGGCGAUGCUGAAGAACCUCAACAUCGUGUUCACCACCCUCUUCUCUCUUGAGUGCAUCCUGAAGAUCAUUGCUUUCGGCCCUCUGAACUACUUGAAGGACGCCUGGAAUGUGUUUGACUUUGUGACAGUUUUAGGCAGCAUCACCGACAUCCUGGUGACUGAAAUUAAUACUACGGACAGGCUGCUGAAUCUGAGCUUCCUGAGGCUCUUCAGAGCUGCUCGACUCAUUAAACUACUGAGGCAGGGCUACACCAUCCGCAUCCUACUGUGGACCUUCGUCCAAUCUUUCAAGGCCCUGCCUUAUGUCUGCCUGCUGAUCGCCAUGCUGUUCUUCAUUUACGCCAUCAUCGGGAUGCAGGUGUUUGGCAACAUUGACCUGAAUGAAGACACAGCCAUCAAUCACCACAACAACUUCCGCACGUUCCUCCAGGCUCUCAUGCUGCUGUUCAGGAGUGCGACCGGAGAGGCCUGGCAUGAGAUCAUGCUGUCAUGUCUGAGCCACCGGGCCUGUGAUGAGCGAUCGGGAACUCAUGGGAAGGAGUGCGGCAGUGACUUUGCCUACUUCUACUUUGUCUCCUUCAUCUUCCUCUGCUCCUUCCUGAUGCUGAACCUUUUUGUGGCUGUCAUCAUGGAUAACUUCGAGUACCUCACCAGGGACUCCUCCAUCCUGGGGCCUCAUCAUCUGGAUGAGUUUAUCCGGGUUUGGGCCGAGUACGACCCGGCUGCUUGUGGCCGUAUCAAGUACCUCGAUAUGUAUCAGAUGCUGCUCCACAUGUCCCCACCCUUAGGUUUGGGAAAGAAAUGUCCACCAAGAGUCGCCUACAAGCGCCUCGUCAAGAUGAACAUGGCCAUCGCAGAGGACAACACCGUUCACUUCACCUCCACCCUGAUGGCGCUGAUUCGCACGGCGCUGGAGAUCAAACUGGCCUCAGGAAUGGUAGCGCAGCGAUUGUUGGACGCUGAGUUAAAGAAAGAGUUGUCCACAGUGUGGCCCAACCUCUCUCAGAAGACCAUGGAUCUGCUGGUGACGCCACACAAACCCAACGAGCUGACGGUAGGGAAGGUUUACGCGGCUCUGAUGAUCUUCGAUUACUACAAGCAGAAUCGAGCACUGAGGCUGCAGCAGCAGCAGACAGCGUCCGGCUCCCAGUGCAAGGUCGGGGCUCUUUUUAAGCCGUUGCUGCCUCUGCCUCACAUGCAGGAGACAGACCAGUCAAACAGCACGAUUCAGCCCACAUCCCCUCCAAAGUCCCGGCCGCCGACUGGACCGAGCUCCAACUCCAUCAACAACGGAGGCUCGCUGCCCGGUUAUGAUCCCAGAAUCAAGCCGUCGUCCUCCUGGGUGGAGGAGAAGCCAAAGAAAGUCCCCCGUAACAGAGCAAAGAGGACCAUGUCCAGGGGUCCAUCAGAGGACACGGCCAACAGCGUCAGUGUUCAGGAGUCGGUGGAGAUGAGGAAGAUGGAGACCAGCGUCAGCAGCACGAUACCUGCACCUGGAUCGGGUCUGGAGAGCCAAGGCAGGGCUGCUUCCAUGCCUCGACUCAGUGCUGAGCACCAGCAGAGCCAAUCACGGCGCUCUCCGGGGAUUCCUCUGGCUUGUGUCCCUGAUGCCAGCCCCAUGAAGCGCUCGGCCUCCACCGUGGCCCCACAGCGGCCCCAGGAGGUUAACCUGGGGGACCACACCUUGGAGAAACCCCGCCCAGAGAGAAGCCACCACCAUCACCACCACCACCGCUGCCACCACCGCAGAGAGCGGGACCGAGAGAAGCGGCAGAGGUCCUUGGACACGCCUGUGGGGGGUCAAGCCCCCAGCGCUGCAGGUGCACCAGGAGAUCCGACACCUGACCCAGCUGCUUCCAGGGAACGAGCCCACGACCGUGGACGUUCCCAUGAGAGGAAACACCACCACUCGUCUGCAGACAAGCAGCGGUACUACUCCUGCGAGCGCUACUGCAGCCGGGAACACUGCUAUACCAAAUCUGCUUCAGCUAGCUGUGCUGCCUCCCCCGUCGAGGGACAGGAACCCGGAAACAAGCAGGGCAGUGGUUGGGCUAAGGGCAGCCCAGCGGCGCAGAGCUCCAGUUCUAGCACACCAAGUCGUGGACGUCGGCAGCUCCCACAGACCCCCCUCACCCCGCGGCCCGGGGUGGCCUACAUGACUGCUAACUCCUCCCCGGUGCACUUUGUGUCGGGCGAGGCAUCUCUGAGUCCCGGCAAACUGAGUCGUGGCGUGUCGGAGCACAACGCCCUGCGUCACAGCGGUUCCCGCCACUUCCCCUCCACGGUCACUCGCAUCAGCUCCGAGCCCUUCCUGGGCCGGGGCUACGGCGAGGUGCUGGGCAGCCCGCACGGCAGCCUCCGGGACCAGCUGGAUGUCUUCCAGGAUGCGGCUUUACCGACCCCCAGUGCCGGACCCUCAUCUCGGACCACACUGCCUCGCACGAUGGGAGCCCUACUUCCAGAUCUUGGUGUAGACCAUGGUGUGCCCAAUGGGUACCACUUCAGUUUGGGGGGUAGCACCAGCCCAGCCUCUGGCGUCAGGGCGCUGAGGUACAGGAGGUAGAGCAGGAUGAAUGGUGCUAGCAUGGCUUUAAACCAACCUUUUAAUGCAUUUUUGAGGAAUUGUGAUGAGUUUUAUCAUCUUCUUUGAAGGUUUUCGUUUACAUUCUCACUGUGUUUAACGCUGUAUUUAAUCCAGACUGGGAGGGUUAAUGUUCAGGAGAACAUCUGAGGAACGGUGGAAGUGGGUGAUAUCUAAAUGAGAACAAAUACACCGUAGCAUUAUGAAACAAAGGAUCAUAUUCUGCCAGUAUGAGAUGUCUUACCGCGGCUUUGGCUUGACACACCAUAUCGAACUAUAAACAAAAUUAUCUUUAUAGAAUAAGAUCAUGAUAAUGGAGGAAUCUGACCUGUGACCUCUCUGGGUGAGGCAGCCUUUUCAGCUACACUACCGUUCAAAAGUUUGGGGUCACUUCCCUACUGAAUUCCAUGGCAAAGUGACCCCAAACUUUUGAACGGUAGUGUAAAAUCAAACAUUUAUUUCAGUUUUGCGUCACACCGAGUCCAACAUGCUGCUUUCAGGGCUUUUCUGUGGACGCUCAUGUUUCUGGAAAUAAUUCUCUUUUCAGAAAACGUUUGUCUCGUCUCUGUGUGGAUGCAACUUUUAGCGACGUGCACAGAGAUGGAGACGGCAUCCAGAAGCAGCGAGCAUGCAUUCAGAAACGAGUCGCUCUGGAUCGCACGGUGGCUUCCUCUGUUCAGCAGCACGACGUAACCAGGUUUAUAUCCGAAGUCUGGUGGUUUCAGCAGAAGGUGAUGCACCGUUGUCAUGGAAGCAGGACACAGGUGUGGUCAGUAGUUCAAAGUGGUUGUUUGACCCUCAGACGUCGUGACACUGUCCAAACAGCUGUGUUGUCCUUUAGUUUACAACUCUAGCAUUCCAUGAUGAGGCCUAGAUCCUGCCUGACUUUCCCUCCGUGUCAGUCGAACAGACAUUUGGCAAAUUAUUCUUUCUUGCAGAUUCUAAGAGGGAAGCGAUGCAUGGUGAUUGGAAAAACAACUAAACAAAAAAAACUGCUUAUUGAUUUUAUAAAAUGUCCGUUUUCCAUUGUGUGCAUUAGUUUUUGUAUAACAUGAAAAAACAGGUGUGUUUUACGUGAACUGCUUACAGUUUGCCAUCAUUUCAGGUCUAACCUUUCGUACAAACUUCUUUGCAAUGUUUUAAGACAAAAGUGCCUAUCCUUUUAGAUGAACUGUAGAGAGAAAAGAUGCAACAUCCACCAGAGGAGGUGGUGGUUCAUUGUGUCUGUAGCUCUGCAGGAACACACCUUGUACAGAAAGCCUUACCUGCAAGCGUGUCCACACCUACAGCACGCCGAACACCGGGAACGGAAAAUGUCCCGGAAAUCAGUUAUUUUUGUUGUUUUUUAUAACUCGUGUAGUCGACAUUGUGAGCAUUUAACUCUGCAUAAAACCACUGAUGUGAGUAAGUAGUGUGCAUGUUUAGAUGAUAGAUGUGAGUAUUUUUGGUCCUCACAAGCUCCCGUCUGCAGUCUGAUCGGGGGGGUGAUUCAGUCUUUGGCUGUUUGUUUGUGUGAAUGAAUCGCUGGUGUUUGAACAUGUUUUGCAUAUUUUCUUUUGGUUUGUGGCGAUUUGUUUAUUCACUUUAUCCUCUUACAGACAAAAGAAAAAAAAAAAAGGGUGUGUGAACGUCCUGCACAGAUGCAGCAGCUUUUAUAUCCAAACAGCAGCUUUAUUAGCCGUGUUCCAGUCCCACGUCGUCCUGGCUGCAGGCGCAUGUUGGUGGAAAUGAGCUGCAGCUCAGACAGAAUAAAUGCUUGUGAGUCUUCUUUAAAUGACAUUUUCUGUUACAGAUAUUUUUUAAAAUAAACGAACCAAAGAAUAAAAAAAAGAUGUAUAGUUUACACACAUUUAUUUAUUUUUUAUUAUAAAUUUAAAAGUUCAUCGGAUGUGUAAUUUCUCAGGUUGACUUUGUACAUAAUUUUCUAUUAUUUCCAAUGUAAACAGCUAAACUAAUCAAGCCCUUGUUUUGGAAACGGUUCCGGGCUCAUGGUGGGUCCGGGGUGGUCUUCGUGGUGGGGGGGCUUGGCUUUGUGCUCCAGGAUUGCUGCUGAUGACCCAGGUCUCUGGGCCGCCCUAGUCUGCCUCUAGUCUCCGUGGGGGCGUGGCCUCAUGUCUGAUCCCUCCUCCUUCCUCAUCCUCUGCAUGCUGACUCAGCACUGAGGCGUCCAGUGUGUUUAUACAC